AUAGGAGAGCUUUUGUCCCGAGAUAGUUCUUUAAAAAUCUUGAUGCCUUUGUGCAAAGGCGAUUUUUCUUUAUGCCCCGUUCUCCCCCUCGCUACUCUCUGAGGUGGUCUGAGCCAGAGGACGAACUCGAGGGGAGGGGCGGGGCGAGGCGGCGCCGACGGAGCGGAGUGUAGCCGAGCUGGACCCACUGGAUUCACUAUGGACAUUGAAUGUUCACGGCUCCUACCUUCUGUCUGUGCAGUUUUGGUAGACCCAAAGCAGUUUGUAGCUGAUGAUACCUGUUUGGAAAAACUACUAGACUGGUUUAAGACAGUAACUGAAGCAGAGUCUAGUCUGCUGGUGUUACAGGAGAAUCCUUGUCUGACAGAACUGCUCUUUCAUGUGCUGAAACUACAGGAUGUGAAUUCCAAUAUCCUCUCCUUUACUCUACGACUUGCAGGAAUAUUUGCAGCCCAUGAAAACAGCUUUCAGUAUCUACAGCAGGGGGAGGUGUUGCUCAGCCUUUUCAGUGAAGCAGGGCCCCUCAGCAGGCCAGCCUGGGAGGAUCCCUCAGUGCGCAGCGGCUGGAUCCAGGGUGUGGGCAGCAUGGUACAGCAUGAAAGGGCCGUGCAGUUCCUAUGUGACUGUGGUGCCAUUGAUGUGAUCUUCUCCUUACAAGGAGAUCCCAGCCUGUUUGUUGCUUCAGCGGCUAGUCAGCUGCUUGUGCACAUCCUGGGCUUUACCAUGCAUUCCAGAAGCUCCCUGUCCCUCAGUAUACAGGACUGUGACUGGCCAGUGUGUGCUCGACUAAUUGUCCAACACAUAGAAGAAUCCCUUCGCUCAGGGAGUGUCCCUCAGAUCACACAGGCAUUGAAUGUACUGACUACAUUGUUUGGACGUUGCCAUGACUCAUGGACUGAAGUCCUUUGGAUGCGGAUGAAUCCACUUGUGGGAUCACUCCUAGAGAAAGAACCACUCUUGGCUGCACAUUCACUGGUGGAUCUCUUCCUUAGUAUGGCGCGCUCUCCUGUGUUCAGUCAUCUGGAGUGUGAUCUAUGGACAUCAUCAAGACGGGCCCUGCACCGUCUGAGCCCGACCCAAGCAGGGUCCUUGGCUUUAGGCAUUCUGAAUCUCAAGGACUGCCCACAGACAUUAAGAACUCAGGCUCUUAGUAUCCUGCUUCAACCACUAGCUUGCGUUCUGCGAGCUGCCUCUCAGCCUCCUGGAUCCCCAGGUUUGCUGGAUGAACCUGUGAAUGAUUCUGUGAUCACUGAUAUCCUUCUCUCCUCUAAAUCAUCAUGUGCUGCUCUCUUGUGUCAGACUCUGGCUCAUCUGGAAGAACUGCAACCUCUGAGCCAUUUACUGGUAGAUUGGCCACAUGUCCCCUUGCUCAAUGCUGUAAUGACAGUAUUACAGUUCUGUAGUGGUCUGGCCACCCCAGCCUCCAGUACUGGAGAUAGACUCUGUGGGAUCUUGAUUGGUUGCUUCAGAGUUCAGCGAUCAGCACUUGAUUUCCUGGGGACCCUUUCUCAAGGGUCAAGCCCCAGUGAAUUGGUAAGACGAGUAGUUGAGAUCCUUCUGGUGUACCUCAAGAGCCCAGACUCUAGUCCCACAGUUCUGAAGAAGGCAUUUCAGGCCACACUCAAAUGGCUGCUGAGUUUGUCCAAAACUUCUACCUCCAGUGACCUCUGCCCACAAACCCAGCAUUUCCUUAGAGAUCUCUUCCCAAUACUGCAGAAGCGUCUCUGUAGCCCUUGCUGGGAGGUAAGGGACUCAGCCCUGGAAUUCCUCACCCACCUAAUGAAACACUGGGGAGGGCGGGCUGGAUUCAGACAAGCUCUCCUCUCUUCGGAGGUGCCAGAGCUUGCAGAGGAUCUCCUCCGAGAUCCAGAGAGUUACGUCCGAGCAAGUGCUGUGACUGCCAUGGGGCAGUUGUCCAGCAGAGGCCUGUGUUCCAAUCCCAUUGGCACCGAGAGUAAAAACGAUGAAAAGAAAAGCCUGUUCUUGGAGCUUCUAGAAAUCCUCUCCACUGACUCAGAAGGCUUCCCUCGGAGAGCUGUGAUCCAGGUUUUCACUGAGUGGCUGAGGGAAGGUCACACAGAUGUGUCAAAGGAUAAGGAGCAAUUUGUAACCAAAGUGCUCCAGGUUGUGAGUUGUGACUUAGAUUGGGAGGUCAGAGUUCAAGGAUUAGAAUUGGCUUUGGUCUUUCUUGUUCAGACCCUUGGGCAGCAUGGGACUGAGUGCCCCUAUGCUGUGGAAAUGUCCUCAGUGGCUCAGUCUACCCUGCUUACUGAAUCACUGCAGAUGCUCUGCCGUGUGAAACUGUUUGAGUUUAUAUUUAGCGCCUUAUGUGACUGUGACAGGCCAGUGGCACGUAAGUCCUGUGAUAUCCUCCUGUAUCUGAAGGCCAAGCUGGCUCAUCAUGGCAGCCUACAGGGGAGUGGGGAAACUUGCACUGCAUCUUUAGGAACCCAGAACACUGCUUGGUUGGAAACAACUCUGAGGAAGUGGAGGGCAAGGGACCAGGGUCAACCCAGUGGGCUUGCAGACAGAGUUGAUUGCCAAGAGCCUGAUGAUGUGCUAGAAGUCCUGAGGUCAGUAGAUUUGGAGGGACUUCGAGGGACACUAGCUAAGAGUAGUGACCACAUUGAGAAGAGUCCUCAGUCCCUCUUGCAGGAUAUGCUGGCCACUGUAGGAAUCCUGGAAGAAAAUGAAGCUGACUGCUACUAACCUCUCAGGAAGUGGCAUAUCCCAAAGCUGAGAAAGAGCUUCCCUUGAAAGAUAUGCAAAGGGUGAGCAUGUAGCUCACCUCAAGGGCUCCUGGACUGUAGUGAUUACUUGAGACUGGCCAAGAGCAGGCUCAGGGGCCUGUUUGUGCACAUGAGUUAUCUGAAAGUCCUGUCUAAGUCAGGCUAUAACUGUAAGCAUACGUGAAGAAGGCAAACCAUGUGACAGAUAAGGACUUAAUAAAGGCCAAGGUGGCAUGUGCACAUGUGCACGCGCACGCGCACACACACACACACACACACACACACACACACACACACACACACACACACACACACAAAAUAGAGCAAAUUCCAAACUAUAAAAUCUUUAGAUUUCACAGGUAAAGAAAUCUCUUAUUUUUUAAACAAAAUAAAUUUUAUUUGAAAAUUACAGUGACUGUGUAGUUUGUUUUGAGACAAGUCAAGUUUGGCUUCCUAGUCCUGCUUAGGUCAUGUCUCAAAAGAGUGCUAGGUGGGACAUUUGCUUUGGGCUGUAAUGGAUGACUUGAGAUUUAGAGAAGACCCUGGGAUCCCAGAAAUGCAUCUGGAGAUGGAUCCCAGCUUCCAAGCUUGCUGAACAGUUAGUUCCUGUAGGGAGAGACAUUCUGACCUAAGCUCAGUACUCUUUCUCUGUGCCUAAAAAAGGCAUAGGUCUCAUAGUAUACACCAUUACCCUUAUAGGACCCCACAGUUAAUAUUUUUUUUCCUACAACUUGGGGAAGAUACAUGGUAGUUUCUAUAAAAGUCAGUAGUAAAUGUUAAGUGCCUAUUUUGUGCCAGGCUUUGUACUAAGCACUAGGGAUACAAAUUUUUAAAAAGAGUCCUUGCCCUCAAGGAUCUUACAAUCUAAUGUUUAAAAAAAGUGAAUUCAGUUUUUAUUUGGAGAUGGUCCUCAUCCUUCCCACUUUAGCCAUUCUGGGCUAAAAGAAAAUGCACUGCAAGAAUGUGUUGGUAAACUGUAUGAAAUUUUCACUUUGAUUUUAUUUAAGAACAGAAUUGCUAUAAAGCUUAUAAUUUUACCUAAAAGGUACACCAAAAAGGACAUGAUUGUCUUUAAUUUUUUUCUUAAUAUCAGUCUCAAAAGUUAGGGUCAUUGCUAUUAUCAAACUCUCCUUAUUAGUUUAAUUAAAAUUAAAUGUGAUUUUUUAAAAAAAUCAGAAUUUCAUAUUGAGUGAAUGCUUUUGUUUUAUUAUAGAAACUUUAUCAGAGGCACAUGUGCUUGGCCUCAGGAGCCUUUACUGUUAGCCACAGAGCUAUUAUUUUUCCUGUUACUUCCAAGUGUGAAGUUGUUCCCUCUGGCUCAGUGAAGGUGCUAAAUUUCACACCCUUGUUUCAGUACCUACCUUGGACCCUGUCAGCCUGUUCACAGUUUUGUAAACCAACUGCUGUGAAGGCCUCAGAUUCAUCAUGGACCAGGAGAGCAGCCCAAAUGUAGGAAUAAUAGGCAUCCCCAAAGAUUUGGGUAAAGGGGCCUAAGAUGCAUCCCUCCUAUGGGUGAAGAAAAAUGGGAGUUAUGAAGCUGUAUUUCCUAGCAAGUGAACAUUCUCUCUUGUGGCAGAGGAUGCUUUACGAUGCCUAGUGAAUGUACCAUCUUAUCUGUGAAUAAUCACCAGAAGGGGACUGGGGCAUUAUCUCUGUUAGAUUGAACAUCAUACUGCAAUCAGUUUAGGAUUGGGGUGGGGGUGUGACUAUUAAUUACAGUUCUGUGUAAUAAGUAUCAAGUACUUAGAUGCCAUGCAGUUUGGGGCAUUACAAAAUAAGUAAAUGAUACAGUCUGUGCUCUGAAGAAACUUAAAACUUUGGGGGACGAGAAAAGGACAUUCACAUGAAGCUAUCAGAAAUUCAAGAGACAGUGUAUAAUUCUAUCAAGAUGGCAGGAAAUGCUAUAGACAGUCAAAGUGGGGGAGAACAACAGAAUCAAUUCAGUGGUACCUCCUUCCUGAAGCAGAAGACUGUUGUGUAGCAAGAUGAAAGAACAUUCUCUCAAUUUGACUCAGUGUUGGUUUCAUAAUGGGAUAUAAGAGAAGUGCCAAAGACAUAGUAUAUUUUGAUUUCAACAUGACAGUCUUUCUUGUUAUCUUUGUGGAGAGUAUAGAGAAAAAUGGAGUGGAUGGUUGGGUGAAUUCAUAGCAAAGCAACUGUAUCCAAAGAAUAUUAAUUCAUCGAUUGAUGGGAGGCAGUGUGUUACAGUGAUCUCAUCAGUUGCAGAGAGUUUAAUUAACAUCUCUAUGCAGAUGAAUUCUAGAACUGUCUGUCUAGCCCAUGUCACUCUUGAGCUCCAGUCCUACAUCAUCAUCUGCUUUCUAAACGUCGAAGAUUGUCUGGCAUCUCAAACACACUAUGCCCAAAAGAGAACUCAUUGUCUCUUCUCUUUCCUCCACAAGCUCAUCUACUUUUCUGGACUCCCCUGUUAUUGUCAUGAAUAUAGCUACCAUCCCCUCAGUCACCAUGUUCAUACCUUCAGUGUUAUUCUCAACUCUUCUCACUCCACAUACUCAGUCUGCUGCCAAAUCUUAUUUCUACCUUGCUUCCCAACAUCUUUUGUAUAGAUCCCCUUUUCUGUGCACACAAACCAGCGCCUCUUCCAGAUCCUUACCACCAUAUGUUUGAACUACUGUGAUAAGCUUCUCAUUGCUCACCUUGCCUCAAGUCUUUCCCCACUCAGAUUCACUUUCUACUCAGCAGCCAAAGUGAUUUAUCUAAAGUACGUAUGACCAUGUCAGCUAUUUUAGUAAAUUUCAGUGUCUCCUCAUUAACUCUAGAAUCAAAUAUAAAGUUUCCUAUUUGCCAUGAUAGCCUGGGCCCUUCAUACCUCCCCGCUUCAUCCUUUACCCCUACCGCCAUCACAUACACAAUCUAAAAUCCAGCUGCACUGGCCUACCUCCACACACAACCAGUCUUCAUUUCUUUGCAUUGACUAUCCCCCCUGCUUGGAAUGUUCUCUUCCCUCACCUUUACCUCUUAGAAUUCCAGUAAUGCUUUAAGGCUAAGCCACUCACAGGAGCAUGCUCCUGUAAUCCCGGCACCCAGGAAGGCUGAGGCUGGCAGAUCUCUUGAGCUCAAGAGUUUUGAGCUUCAGUGGGCUAUGACCAUUAGGGGUCCAACAUCAAUAUGGCGAGCUUCUGGGAGUAGGAGACCACCAAGUUGUCUGAAGAGGGGCAAAUUAUCCUGGGUCAGAAAUGGAGCUCCCAUGCUUGAAUAGUGGUGGGAUUGGGCCCAUAAAAAGCCCCUAUACCGCCAGCCUGGAGGAGAUGGAGAGAAACCCAGUCUUGUUUAAAAAAAACCAACAGCCCAUUUCCUUUAACCCAGAGAUUCCACUGUUGUUUACAUAGCCAAAUAGAUCACUGGUAAGAAGAGAAUCCCUUUAUACACCAAAAUAUAGCAAUACUUUUUGUGAUAGCAAAGAACUGGGAACAAAAUGCCCAAAGAUUGGGGAGUGGCUUAACAAUCUGUGUUACAUUAAUGUCAUGGCAUAUCAGUGUACUAUAAGAAACAGCAGUUAU